UUUAUUUCAAACUUCAAACUCUUGGAUCCCACCCCCGGAGUCUUUACAAAGAUUCUCCUAGCAACAUAGUUUUUAGUCAAUCAAGCGCGAGUUCAGAAGGAACAAGGGAAGAAGACUGUGAACUUAUUCUAGUCGUUUCUCACGGUCGCUUCUUCGAAGAAAGGUCCAACCAUCUCCAUUUCAAUGAUUGGCACUUGACUAGCUGGCACUGAACACUCUUAACGUAAAUUAAAAGUUCUAAAUAAACAUAACUAGGUUAGACGCUUUUUAAGUAACAGAGGGAAUACAAUUCUGGUAUUCAUAACUAAGGCAACGAUCUAUUAUAAGGUUUCUAAUAUCAUUUCUUAAAUAAUUACAAUGUCACCACUUGCAUAUAUCGACUCUCUCAGAGUUGUCCUUUUAUAAACUGAAUCUCCUUUUAAUAAUGUCUUCGAUUAAACAUAUCCUAUAUUUGUCGUUUGAAUAAUCGCGGGUUUCGACAUUACUAAACGUAGACCCUCUAUAGCCGGAUUCCUGAACUAUAUCGAAAUUGUCGCAAUACGUUACAUAUGAUCAUUUACAAGCGGCCGCAAAGGUUCUGAGUAUUUGGAGUGUUUCUAAUACUGGCACAUCUCCUCAUUGGAGGAGUCAGCUAUAAGGAAAGGAAAGGAAGGAAGGAGUGUUUCUAAUGCAUUCGACAUUUCUAUCGCAAAUCCAUUACUUUAACCACUGAGCCUGCAAUCGCCCCCUUUAGUUUGCCUAAGUAAACAAAUAAUAGGUAACACUAAAACCAUUCAAGAUGUCUGGUAAUAAGUGUCGUAGUUGUGGUUCCACGGAUAUAGAGACAGAUUCUGCUCGUGGAAACGCAGUAUGUGUGCAAUGUGGUGUAGUAUUCGAAGAUCAGCUUAUUGUGAGCGAAACUACAUUCGAAGAAACACCAUCAGGAAAUAUGAUGGUUCUUGGGCAAUUUGUUGCUAGUGAUAGUACCGGUGGAGCAACAGGCUUUGGAGCAGCAUAUCACGUCAAUGGCAAAGAGUCCAGAGAAAUCACUAUACAGAAUGCCCGAAAGGGUAUAACGCAUCUAUGUAUGCAAUUACAAUUGAAUCAGCAUUGCAUCGACACUGCUGUAAACUUUUACAAAAUGGCUUUGAGUCAACAAUUAACACGUGGAAGGAAGCAAGCACAUAAUCAUGCAGCUUGCGUUUAUAUCACAUGCCGUACAGAAGGCACUGCACAUAUGCUCAUCGAUAUCAGUGAUGUGCUACAAAUUUGUGUUUAUGAGUUGGGCCGAACAUACCUUCGAUUUACCCAGGCACUAUGUAUCAACAUACCAUCAAUGGAUCCAUGCCUUUACAUUAUACGAUUCGCGAACAGAUUGGAAUUUGGCGAAAAAACUCACGAAGUCUCCAUGACCGCCUUACGGGUCGUUCAGCGGAUGAAGAGGGACAGCAUCCAUAGUGGCCGUCGGCCGUCUGGAUUGUGUGGAGCUGCGCUCUUGAUGGCCGCCAGGUUACACGAAUUCAACAGAUCGCCCAGCGAUAUAAUUAAGAUCGUGAAAGUUCACGAAUCGACUUUACGCAAAAGAUUAAUUGAAUUCGGGGACACGCCUUCCAGUGCUUUGACCUUGGAAGAGUUCAUGACGGUAGACCUUGAAGAGGAGCAGGAUCCCCCAGCGUUUAAAGUUGCGCGAAGAAAGGAUCGUGAACGUUUGCAAAAGCUGGAGAACAUGGGUAUGGAGUUCAACGAGCUGCAGAAGGAAAUUGAAAAGCAGUUGAACGAACAAAAAUCAGCGAAAGGAAACCGACGGAAAGAAUCGUCCAUUGUCGAGGAAUUGGAUGCUGAUAGAUUUAUCACGGAAUCAAACUUGAGCGUUAUUCAACAUUGCAUGAUUGGGGAUCCCGACGAUCCAGUUGAAGAAGCUCCGAGUCCCACGUCAUUGCAAUCCAGUAACUCAUUAAUCACUGGACUAGGACCAGAUAUAGCCUCUAUGGGUUUGGCUUCAGCUUUGAGCGAUCGAGCCAGUCUAACGAAGGAAAAGACAGAUACGUCUUUUCAGAUUAAUACCGAAGAGAUUGACAUAACGGAUUUCGAUGACGACGAAUUGGAUGGUUAUAUAUUGACAGAGAAGGAGACGCAAUUCAAAACUUCAUUGUGGAACAAAGUCAAUGCACAAUAUUUGGUGGAACAAAAAGAAAAGGAGGAGAAGCGUCAGAAGGAGAAGGAGGAGGGGAAGCCAGAGAAAAAGAGGAGAAGGACGACAACAAAGAAAAAUAAAAAUCAGACACCAGCCAAUAGUGCUGGGGAGGCCAUCGAGAAGAUGCUUCAAGAGAAAAGGAUAUCAUCAAAAAUAAAUUACGAGGUUUUGAAAAGUUUGAACGUUGGUAGCACUGCCGCAAGUGGUCAGCAACAGAAAGCUCAAGAAUCAAUUUUGAUGUCGCCAAGACGACCGGAAGUUGAUAAUGUUCUGGGCGUCACUAAACUCAAUUCAAUGUCACACAAUCAAUUGGGCGACUCGCCAGUGAAACAAUCAAGAAAGUUACAAACGCCAAAAGUGAACGUGAAACGAAGAAAGAAAGAAGAAAUAGGAUUUCCGGUAGGGUCUAUCGAUGAAUCAACAUUGAAAGUGGAGGAUCAGUCGCCCGCUGUACCAGUGGCUGAUGUCAAUGAUGUCGUUGACGAUACUGACGAUUACGUUGAUGAAGAUGUGGAACCUGAUCCCAUGGAAAUGACUGUUGGCGAGAUGCUGGGACGUCACACGGGUGAUGACGAUUACGAGUACGGAUACGAGGAUGAAGAUUAUUGAAAAAUUAAUAUUAUUUUAUAUCGUUAAUAUGUUUUCGGUCAGGCUAGUAGUAUGGAUAUGCUAUAAAUAUUCUAAAUAGCCAAUGAACGCUUUAUAGAUAAUCGACUUAGGAAAAUACAAAUAAUAUGUAUUACUGUAUCUUGCACGAGAGGCUGCACAGAUGAGUUAUUCUUGCGAUAGCCGUAAAUAGAUACAGUAGGAAAGUUGAAAGCUGAAAUUGUAGUAGACUAGGUACAAUUUAGUUAACGUGAUAAGAAUCGAUAAGGAUCCAACACAAUUGAUUCAGUCAGUACGUAACUGUUAACAAUUUUAUGGCACGAUUGCGAAAUUUUAACUUGACUCUAAGUUUAUAAAACUUUGUAUCAGAUCUACUUGAACUUCGAAGAUUAUGUUUGAGUUCGUGUCUUCUGCUUCACUCCCCAGGGCAAUUUACUAUUGCGUGCAAACAUUUCCAAAGCGAGUGGUGGUUUCAUCCGCAAAUUAUUCAGUCUGUCAAGUAUAGGGAUACUUGAUUGUUAGCAUUUUAAUAAGAGCGAUAGUCCUUUCUUUUUUUUUCUUCGGCGAAACAAAAUCUCUGAACUCCGGUAUACUGGUAAUGCAGUUGUGUUGAUUUUUAUGAGAAAUUUAUUAUCAUUGGCCAUAACAGAAGAGACUGAAGCAUUUUAUGAGUUAUUAAUUAUACGAUAUUGCUUUGGGUAGGGUUAUUUAUUUACUUGUACUUAUAUUCCAAAUGGCAAAGUUGUCCUUGCAUUUGUUUGCAUGAUAUUUGGAUAACGAUUUUAGUACGUAAUGUAUGAUUUGAUCAAUUUUGAAGUUGCUGACUUUUUUUUGGCUACUUUCAUUUACAAGAAGAUGGAUUCUCAGACAGAAAUUGAUAUCGAUUUAUAAUUAAAGUUUAAGAAAGAGAAAUUUUGUGACUGAACUAAGAAUACCCCAGGUAUACUUUUGCAUGAGUUUGGGUUAUUUGAAAUUUGCCAAUACAGUACAUUUAUAAAUGUCAAUAUUAAUAAGAUUGGUGGAAGUGAGGGGAUACAGAAGUUACUAGAAUAUUUGCUGAGUGCGUGUAUAUAUUUAUACUGUGUAUAUAGUAAGAAUGAAAUUUACCUUGAUAUGAUACAUAUAAAUACGACAUGAAUACUUUAAAAAAAAAUGAAUUUAUUAUUAAGCUAAAGUAUUCGUGAUCGAAUUUCUAAAGUUGUACGAAAGUAUGCACAACUGAGAUUAGCUUCAAACAAGGAACUUCAAACUAUUUACCCUGUUGAAGUCGCAAAACUUGUAGAAACAAUAAUUAUAAUUUUAUUAAACUAAUUUAUUCUAGUUUAGUUAAUCAUAUUGAUAAACUACAGAAAACAAAAAGAGCAAAACAAAGUCUUAAUUGUAUGAUUAUAUUUUAUCAAUGAAAUAAAUGAUGCACAAUUCUUCCUAAUUUGUGAGGAAAUGUCGAUUGGCUAUAACGUGUACAAUAAUAAAUUCAAUAUAUAUAGAA